AGAAGCUGAAGGGUGAAGCACACGAUCACAAACGUGAGCGCGUCACAUCAGAUACGCAGCAACAGAUCAGUAUGAGCAUGUGUUAUGUGUGUCGUUAUGCAGGUCAUCCAUUGCCAAUGCCCCGUUUCGUGGGACCAUGCUACGAGGUGAUUUGCUCGCCUGGCGGUGAUCUGGUGCCGGGCAGCUUCAAUGUCUUGACUGCGGGUGCCAUGUUCUCCCUCACCACUACCGAGGUCUGCAAUCUUUCCAGCAGCGGCGUUCGAGACCUCCUCCUUUGCGAGUUCACCUUUGGACGCCUUCCUAGCGAUCUGCAGACGGACACGUUCAUCGAACGUGUGGCGGCCGACGUCGAAUGUCUUGCUAGAAACUGUCAGGACUGUUCCCAGCUUCGGCGCGACAUCGUGAGGCGCACGAGCACAGCAAAUGACGGGCGAACAAGUGUGUGAAUGUGCCUCGGUUCUGCUGUGUGGUGGUCUAGGCAUCCGUCCUGCUAUCUCAAUGGAAGCCUCACCCGCAGAUGAGUGGCAGUGGGCAGGUACAUGUGAGUGAUGUGGAAGCCGCUGCAACGCAUCAUCAAGACACCUCUGCGCUGUCUCGCUCUCAGGGCUACCAUCUGCAGCCGGCAGCCGACGCACAGACGGGUGAGCGGCUGAGAGAAGGCCAUGCGCGAGUGCACGCACUCGCAUGGCGCGCUUUCUAUCGAUUGGCCCAUCUGUUUUGUGUGUUGCUGUGUGUCAGAUGUGAGAGUGUGGGUGCCGAGUGCGAACGAGGCUGACGUCUUGUCCAAGGCUGAAGAGAAGAAUAUCAACGCUCGUCGCAUUCCUCUGGACGAAGCCGGAGAAACCCCACCAAUGGACUACUGCGUCUGCAUUGAGAUGAAAGGUCAGCUAAAACACACACACAGACGCAGCCCAUUUACUGCAUCUGCACAUCACACAUGCCUGGUCAGGUACGACACAGUCGGUCGUGUCUGAGCUGCUCAAGAGCAGCUAUCUCGUGGCUGAGCUGCUCAACAGCAGGUAUCCCGUGUUGCUUCAAGUCGGCCAUGCAGGCGGUGCGCAGCCUGCCCGUUUGAGCGAUGCAUUCGGUUACCACGAAGAUCUCAACGACGACAAUAUCCAUACGCUCACAGUCACACACACUUCCCGCUUGUUGUGGCAUGCUCACAUUAUGUGCAUACUUGCUUGUGUCGCGUGUUGUGGUACAUUCAGGUACAGGGUGUUGUUUAGUCGGCCGCAGCCAGCUCACCAGGGAGGACACAAUUGUCGUACGGUGUGAUGUCAUCCGGUUCAGAUAUGCCCUCACCAACAUGAUGAAAAAAAGAACCACCGUGUUCUUGAUCCGUCGAAGGCAUGCUUUUGGCAAGGUCAGCUAUUGUGUGCAGUGACAUGAGUGUUUGCACAUCUUCCCGUGCGUGCAUUCAUUAGGUCUCCUGCGAAGAGGAGAGAGAGGAAACCUUCUUCGAGCAGCCUUGUAGUAUGCCCUCGGAUUCCACCCGAGCCUAUCUGACAGCCAUCCGAGGCGCAUACGCACGUCUAAAGGAUGACCGCAACUUAACCAACGGCCCCGCCCUCCCGGUGCGCAUAGGAAGACAGGCCCACACACAUUCAAGGAGAGAAAAAUCGCACGGGUGUCUUCUGUGUUUGGUUGCAAUAGGCGCCAAUUCCUCCCAUCCCCCCUAUUGACUUCAACAGCACCAUUCAUUCAUCUGACGGGCGUCCGCGAGCAUCUUGGUUUCAUUCCGAGAGCCAUUGAUUGAAGUUGAAUGCUGUGUUGCUACGCCGCAGCUGCCACUAAAGCACGGUUUGAUGUAUGUGUUAGCGAGUGUUGCUCGCUAGAUGUGGCAUUCUUUGUUGGACAGUGCUCCACCGUUGACUGCUGCUUUGUGUAUGCCGGACUGUGACUGCGUAUGUGUGUGGAGUGCUUGCUUAUGAAUCAGACGAAAUGAUAGAUACAUGUGUGCGUCGUGAAAGAGUCAUUGACC